AUGGCUACAGAUAUGAUUCUUCCAACGCAUUUCGAGCUGAACAAUGGCCAAAAGAUCCCGGCUGUUGGCCUAGGGACCUUUCAGAGCGAGGAUGACAAUUCUCGGGUUAAAGAGGCUGUCAAAACUGCCCUGAAGAUGGGGUACCGACACAUUGACGGCGCUCAUGCAUACGGGAAUGAGAAGGAGAUUGGGGAAGCUAUCAAGGAGAGCGGCAUUCCACGGGAAGAAAUAUUCGUAACGUCAAAAUUGGCACAGAAUUGGCAUGAGCCUGGAGAUGUCCAAAGGGCCCUAGAGUUGUCGCUUCGACAUCUGCAACUGGACUACGUCGAUCUUUAUCUCAUGCACUUCCCCUAUGCAUACAAGACUGGGGAGAACAAUGAGACCGUUAGGCAUCCAAGUGGCAAUGGCAAGCCCGUCAUCAACUAUGACUUGUCUAGGCGCUAUCCAGAGACUUGGCAGGCGAUGGAACGUCUCGUGGACUCCGGAAAGACCAAGGCGAUCGGAGUUUGCAACUUCAACAUACUCAAGACCAAACGAAUUCUUGAAGUAGCCCGGAUCAUUCCGGCCGUUAAUCAAGUCGAGCUUCACCCAUACCUUCCACAGCACGAGCUGCUGGAUUUCUCGGCGAAGCAUGGAAUCCUUAUAGAGGCACAUCAACCACUUGGCGGCCGGCCAGUGUCAAUUGUGAGAGGGCAUCCUGAUCAGAGCCCUCCAACGGAGGAUCAGACUAUUGCCGAGGUUGCCUCGAGCUGCGGCAUGUCACCAGCCCAGGUUCGUACCAUGCCUCCAUUUGCCACGUAUUUUAAUCCACGUCCCUUUGCCGAGAUUUUUGCCUUGGCUCGGGCUACAAGUUGCCAAAGUAUACUGACGGCACUGGCUCAAAAGGUUUGCCUAUCAUGGGCAGUACAGAAAGGCAUUCCUGUGAUUCCCAAGUCGAACCAGGCGGCGCACAUGAGAAGCAACAUGGAAGUGCGCAUGCUGCCUGAUGAGUCCUUCAACCUUGUCGAUGGUCUGGCCGCAGCGCGUGUUGGUGGCUCAGUUCGGUUUUUGGAGCCCAGUCUUCACGUCGGGUUCGAUAUAUUCGAUGAAGAAAACGACCAGCCAAUUGCAGAUGCUGCACCAUGGGCCUGA